AACAGAUUGCUGUUCCCUGGGGGAGGGUGGUCAGACGCCAGUGUGACCGAGCGGAGCCGUGUGUUUUCCAGCACCAUGGACAGUAACAAGCGCCUCAAGCAAAUGGUCAAAGAGAUGCGCUCUGACAUGAAGAAACUGGAGUCGGAAAACAAAGCCCUCCGAGUGAAGUUAAGCCAGAACGGGAAGCGAGCUGAAACGCUGGAUGAGGCCACUAUUAGCGCGCUGCACCAGCAGCUGAGAUCCGAGGAGGCUUUAACUCACGCUAACCUGCGCAGGAACAUCUCCGCGCCCGCUCUCGAAGGAGAAGCCAGAGGUACCACAAUGACAGUGCGACGCUAUUCCAUAUCGUCUUUACACGCCUUCACUGUCGGUAACAAACGUCAUAAAUCUCCAGAUCAAAAUCGAACCCAUCAAAGGAGCAGGCAAGAGGGGUCAGAAUCAACGACAGUGAUUCACCCUUACACAACAAUGAAAGUCACAACAGGCCAAGGAGUUCCUGAUGAACUGUUAGAGACGAAGAGCCCUGAAGGAAAACAACCUCAAGAUACACCGUUACAGGAAUAUGUACCUAAGUGCAAGUAUAAAAUGAAGUCUGUAACAUUUCUUUUGCCUGUGGAUGUUGUACCUCAUUCUGAAGAUGAAGACUCAUCAUGGUAUACAGGGUAUCAGAAUUGCGCACAGCUGCCUCCUAUUCAAGAAAUCGACUACUGAACGACUGGAACUGUUACACAUAUGUAUCAAAUUAUACAGUUAUUUCACAGAAAAGUUUAUGGAAAAUGCAUGGUAUCAUUUCUACAUCUAUGAUCAUUGUACUACUAUGAUUGUGAAUUAACAUGAUUCAAAUAUUUAUCUACAGUAUGCAAUGAAUGGAGGAAAUUCAUCAAGUUCGUGAAUUUCUCAUGUAUUGAGAAUUCAGAGUGAGCAAACUUUCAAAAUGU